ACUUGAGAUUUUGUCUCUUGCUUUAUUGCAACAGGAGCAGAAGUUAAACAGCAGCUCUGUUCCGCCCUGUUACAGAAAACACUAUUUCCUGCUGUGCACAAACCAGUCACUCUGCUAUUCCAGCUAUUUGAGCACAGCAAGUCUCAACAGGACGAAGGCAUCAUGGCAGAUAAGGAGAGCACGGUUCCUGUGACUGAGGACGAUGACGAGCGUGAUCUGAACUACCAGCCUCCAGCUCAGAAGAGCCUGCAGGAGAUCCAGGAGCUUGAUAAGGAGGAUGAAAGCCUGAACAAGUACAAGCAGACUCUGCUGGGAUCAGGACCUGUGGUGGCAGAUCCCAGUGUCCCUAAUGUUCAGGUGACGAGACUGACGCUGAUGUGUGAUCAAGCUCCAGGACCCAUCACUAUGGAUUUAAAAGGGGACCUUGAUGCUUUAAAGAAACAGAGCUUCACCAUGAAGGAGGGCGUGGAUUACAGAGUGAAGAUCCACUUUAAGGUCAACAAGGAGAUUGUGUCUGGGCUGAAAUAUGUGCAUUUGACCUACAGGAAAGGAAUUCGAGUGGAUAAAGCCGUGUAUAUGGUGGGCAGCUACGGGCCUCGGGUAGAGGAGCACGAGUUCCUCACUCCUGUGGAGGAGGCUCCAAAGGGCAUGAUGGUCCGAGGGACUUACCACAUCAAGUCCUACUUCACGGAUGACGACAAGACGGACCAUUUGUCCUGGGAGUGGAACCUGCAAAUCAAGAAGGAUUGGGACAGCACCGAGUAAACGGGCUGCGUCCCAAACACACCUGUGCCAAGCGCACAUGGCCUAGUGCAUGUAGGAAAGGUGCACGGAGAAUGGGGUUUGGAUCAGGGUUGGGUUCAUAAACGGCCGAGAGUCAAAUCGAUGCAAACAUACAGUACUUCAAAGGGAUGUUAAUGAAAUACAACACAACACAAAGCAAGACAUUAGGGGAGACUCAUUUGCUAAAGAACAUGCUGUAUAAACGACAGAGAUCAAUUUCUUGUGCCCGUACGUACGCUCAGGUUAGUCUGUGUCUCUUUGAACUGUAAAAUGUGUGUAAUUAUGAUGUCUGUAAUUCUUGCGAUGCAUUAAAAAAAGAGUUCCUGCUGGAGCUCGAGAGCAGAACCGUGCAUGCCUCAGUGUGAAGAUUGUUCAAGUGGCUAGAAUUGUGUUCUGACGCUGUAAUCAGACGUUCAUGAAAAACCUGCCUGGCUCCAUUUUGCGUUCCAAUACUAGUUCUAACGCGCCCUUGGUGACUUCCCCGACGUGCGGGUUAAAAACAGAAUGCCCCUUGAUCUUAAAGCGCAAUGAAAAUGAACUAUGAUCUGAGUACUAAAUCAUAUUUAAUAAAAUAUCUGUUCUGGGUCAAAAAAAAUAUUCAAGAGUCCACGUAUACAUAGAACCUUUUAUUCCUGAAUAUUGUAAAUGUUGUUGACGUAAAUGUAGAUACAAGUCAUGUAUACUGUAUAUAUGAGUAAUCUGAGGAUGAUAUAUGGAUUAAUAAUCUUCACUCAUCUCCUUUUUUUAUUAAGAUUAUCAGACAUAAGAUUUUUUGUAAAACAUCACUUAUGUCCAGGAAGUUUUUCUUUCCAGUAUAUUUGACACUAGAUUUAUACUCAGGGCGUGUAAUUAAAUCUGUGAAAUUCUGCAGAAGAUAGAAAAGAACUCAACCGUAAUGAAUACGAAUAUAAUUUUUUAAAAUGCAGUUUUAUUUCAAUUCAAAAUUCCUUAUAUGUGUAAACAGCACACACACACACACACACACACACACACACACACACACAGGAAAUAAAGAGGAAGACAAAUGUUUGUGAACCUUUUGCACUAUAGCAAAACUCCAUAUAUGGUCAUAUAUCAGGUUUCCAUGAGAGACAUCAGAUAUUAUAUUUUUGAAAUAUUAUAUAUAGUCUCUGGCUCUUGUUUCUAUUUAUAACCAGCUUCAUCCUGCAUUUUUUUGUUCAUUUUUUCCAUCCCAUCACAUCUUUCUGGGUAAAUUCCACUCCUAACCCCACACCGAUGUCUCUUCAAGAGUUGAGAGUUGAUGGGACAAAGUAUUAAAUGACAAGGAGGUCACCAAUGGCACAUUAGAAUCAAUAUUGGAACGCAACCCGAUGACUUCAGAUGAAGUAACGUGUGCUAAAUGACACGUGACAGAGUUUUUCCAGGUUGUGUGCAAUUAAUUAAGGCUUUAAUUAAACCCACACAAACUCAUUCGAUAAAAUUCAAUGCUUUCGUGUGCUUUCUUUGCUUUUAAAGGGUCAAGGAGCUUCUUAUAAUUCUUCACCUUUAUAAUAGUGAAAAAAAAAAUAUCCCAUUUUUCAUUAAAGUGAUCAUGUACCUCUGUGUGGCUUCUUCAUAUAUAUAUAUAUAUAUAUAUAUAUAUAUAUAUAUAUAUAUAUAUAUAUAUAUAUAUAUAUAUAUAUAUGUUAAAUCCACAAUGAAAAUAAAGGGUCACAUGUUCCAAGAUGUGAAAUAUCACAUGCAAAAUCAACUAAAUUUUAAAGAAUAUACUGUGUAAUCAUAUGAUUCACUAUUUUUUUUGUAAAUGUGUCCACAGUCAAAAAGUAAUUAUUAUUACCCCACAUGCUUUUCUAAAAUGGCUGUAAUUACUUCACUAUUUUCAUAACUAGAUGUAAUCCUGAGUAUCUGUAGACGGCAUGUUCAUUUUGUAUGCAACUUUCAAACCUUUUCAUUCUCAUCUGUAGAAAUAUUGAAAGCAGGGAUUAAGUGAUUAUAUGAGUCUGGUCUUUGGCUUGUGAUUUCGUGGCUAAAAGAUCAAUGUUUAAAAUUUACUGUACAUCUUUUCAUGCAUCUUGCAUUUUUACAAUAAAGUCAAACAAUAAAGCUUGGUUUCAUCCA